UAAUGGUAUAUUCCCCGCAGAAAUUCAAUCGGCUUGUGAAAAUGUAGUUACACUCACUUUUUGUCUCAAAGACACUUUAGCUAUUAACUAAAUUCAUACGGUACAAUCUUGUUUGAGUCUUACCCGUUCCUGGUCUGCUUUGGAAACGCUGCAGGAAAAGAGUCCAGGAUUACAAGAAAAAGAGGAUCAGGUUUUUAAGGAGUGUUUUACAAGACAUCUGGAGUUUGAGAGGAAAGGACUGAGACACCGUUUCUCACCAGAACUGUUCAGCUAACCUUUCAGCUGCAAGGAGCUCACUUCAGGAUCUGCCUGCUCCUGGUGGGUCACUCAGCCGGACUGAUGUGGAAUGCGACACUUUACGACCCCAUCACACGGGCCUCAAUUCAAUGAACCAGACUCGGGAGAGAGCAGAUAAUAGAGGCAAGAGACACACAAAAAAGAGUGAAGUAACACCAGCAGGAGUGUUCAGACCGGUAAGAAAGUUAAAGGGGCCCUUGAAGGUGGGGAAAAAGAUCUUAAAAUUCAAAGGGGAAGGAAUAAAGAGACCUGUGACUACAAAAGUCUUUGUUGGGAUUGCAAGACAUUCUUGAACAACAGAAACUUUGACCCUUCAUUUCACCUCUUAAAUUAAUCCCACUGCUACCAGUCAUGCCAGUGGAGACCCUUCAUCCCACAGUUGGUCGUCUUACUGGGGGUCCCUUCACUUCUGCCAUGCCUUUCCGAAUCCUCAACAAAGGCCCGGACUACUUCCGCAGAGCGCCCGAGCCAGGAGCACGGAAACUGAGUGCAGUUGAACGCCUGGAAGCAGACAAGGCCAAGUACGUAAAGAGUCAGCAAGUGGCACUUACUAGACAAGAGCCUGUGAAACCUCCAGUCAUCCGCAAACCGCUGUUAUCACCAAGCAUGAUGAUGCAAUGCAGAAUAAACACUCCACCAGCAAGGAAGAUUACCCGGCGGCUACUUGAGACAGAGAACAGAGGACCGGAUCAUGGCAUGAGCAGAGGACCGCAACUCAACCUUGAAGUACUCAAUAAUCUAAUUAAUGUCUAUGAUGGACCACUUGCAUCUUCACCUACUCCAUCCUCUACUUCUCCCUCAGCCUCCUCACCCUCUUCUGGAGGUCAGAGUGUCGGUAGUGGACAAUCUGUAGAACCUCAGCACUGCAUUAACUUCAAAGCACACCUUGGCUCAAUGCCCAACUCCUCUCGCACUUCUUCUCCUCUUAUCAAUCAACCCUCACUUGCAGAGCCCAGCCGAAGGCCACCUCCGGUCCCAGCCAGAGCUCCCCGACUGGUGUCACAAGGUAGCUACGGGACCCCCAACUCCGUAACUGUACGACGGGUGGAUGUGCGACCACAGGCAGAGAUCAGGAAACCUCAGAGAUUGCCUCUACAACCCAAACCUAGACAAGCUCAAGUAGCUCAACCACAGAUAGCCCGGCCACAGGCCCCUCCCACAUCUUCUGCUCAGCAGCAACCUUUGGCUGCUCACCCUUCAUCCCCCUGCAUACCCUCUAGCCCACUGCUUCUGCGCCCUGGCAUUUUGUCCCCGGCUUCCCCCGCUUUCACCCGGAUUUCCUCAGCUAGCUCUCGAGGGUCACGUCCCGGUUCAACCCGAAAGCACCCUUCCCUUCACCGCUCCAAGUCAGACUUGAGCGACCGCUACUCUCGGGCCACAGCUGACUUGGAGCGCUUCUUCAACUACUGUGGACUGGACCCAGAUGAGGUGGAAGUAAUGGGUGGCAUGGAGCGUUUUGCCCGGGCAAAUUCGGACAUUGUGUCAGUCUCCAAACUCCGCAGCGUCAGUACGCCUAGCUCAGAGUGUGGGGAUGGACGGCAAGGAGAAGAGGAGGAUGAUGGCGAUGAUGACGAUGGGCCUAUAAAGCCCAGUGAGCGUGUUCCCUACGGCAUUUCUGUCAUUGAGAGGAAUGCACGUGUCAUUAAGUGGCUCUAUGGUAUCCGACAAGCACGGGAUGUCUCACAAAACAUCUCCAAUGUCUAGAAGCUUCUCUCUGGUUGUCUACUCACCCACAAGUACCAGAGAGCAUAAAUAAGACAGAGACUUACUGUAGUAUUUGGUUGAUGUCUGUCACACACCUAAUAUUUAUUAUGUUAUUGUUUGAAGAUGUUUAAAGGCACUGACAAAUAUUUGUUUUGUUUGUAUUUUCCUCACUAUACGGAUAAUGUUCAUGAUGUUUGUUACAUAGAAUUUACAUGGACAUCCUGUUGUUUUUCAAGCAUCUGAUGAUCUUCAAGGAUGACGUACCUCUAGAUGUGGAAUACUACAGACUCUCAGCACUGUGACUUUGAUACAUUUUGGUUUAAGCAAUAAGACUAAAGCUAAAGUCACUAAAAGAGUGGCUGAAUGGAUGACGAUGAAGGCAGCAGUCGAUCUGCUGUGCUGGUGCUUUUUAGGUACAAAGUCUUUAUUAAACAGCAAUGCUGUGGUACCCGUGGCCUAAGCUAAUGCCUGUAGGAACCAUUGUGUUCAUAGUAUUGGAAAUCAAGCAGGUACUUUCUAGUUUUAGAAAUCUUUGUAUUGGAUGAAGAAUUUAAGAAUGAAUGAAGCCAUUUUGGAUGCUUGUGUUUAUGAGGUCAUCAUUUGGUGUCGGUGGUAGUAAGACCUCAGGGAUGAGUUAAGUAGGCCACACCUAGAACAGAGACCGCCUGCAAAUCCCUAAAGUGCACGCAUAUAGAAACCGAGGCCCAUACAAACCCCUGCUCACUGUGCAUACACUUUUGCUCCAUAGGUGUAAAAUUCACAAGUGCAUCAGAUGUUCAGUGUAGACUUUUUUUUGAAGGUGAGACUAUGAUACUGUGAAGAAGUGCUUCCACAGAGGAGCUGCUCCUCUGCAAACAUGGCUGGUAGACUGUUGUUGAAUAUAAGUUUAGAAUUUCAAAAUAUAAGCACGUGAGAUUCUCUUGUCAGCAUGCACACUUGCAUGUACAGCUGUAUUACGUGGCAAAGCACAGUUGCACGAUGUGCAUUUCUUAAACAUGCAUUCCAAAACACAUAGAUGUUCAUUCCAUUCAGCUUAAUUUUUAUGUAUGAUUUGUGUGGGUUUUCUAUUUUUGUGACUGUUCCUUCUGCCUAUUUUUCUGUUUUGGAUAGGUGAUGUUUUAAACAGUUGUGUAAGACAGGUAAGGAUUGAUAGUUGACAAAACUGAGGGAUAUUGUGUUUGGCUCAAUAAUCUUGGGGGAAUCAAAGCUGUUAAUUUUUUUUACCGCAGAGUUUUCACACUUGUAGUGCGAAAGAAAAGCCUUACGAAGAGACAAAUGUUAUUUUGAUGGAAGUUGGUCGAAUAUGUGCACAUAGACAAGUCACGAGGCCACACAAAUGUUCACUUUUGGUUGGGAGUUUUUGAGAGAAAGUUUUGCUUAAUUAAAAGAAGCACAAUAAUCAAGUAAAUUUUUUUCCUUGACUGUGCAAUCUAAAUAUAGCCAUAAGUGCAUGAAGAGGUAAAUGCAAAACAUUUAUUGAUUGAAAUAUUUUGUGCUGAAAGAAUACAGACAAAGGUACAAACCCUCAAACAGUUCAGUGCAGUAGUUCUUGAAGUAAGAGGGUAACAUGGUUCUGCUUGUUCUCUGAAGUUUACCAUCAACUUGGGAAGAGUCAAAUGCAAUAUCGGUCUUUUGAAGAUGUCAAUAAAGAGAUGUUUUUGAAAACAAGUUGUGA